UUUUCUCACUUAAUGAUAAUGUGAUGGUAUUUGGUUAUUUUAGUUAACCAAUUAACCAAACCGAUUAAACUUUAGUUUGGUUAAUUUGGUUGUUGUAUUAGUUUUGACGGUUUAGUUGUGAUAUUGUAUUCCAUGGUUAAUAGAAUUUAGACUUAUUUGAUUUGGUAAUUAUCAUGGUAACCAUUUGAACACCCCUUACACUAGAUAUGGCAAAUACUAAUAGGAAUAUAUAGAACAGAGGGCGAGUGUUUUUUUCAGGUAAGGUUAUUUAGUGGGUUAAUUUCAUGGUUGGUCACUGAGAUUACAAAAAACGUUCAAGUUUGGUCGCUCGAAAUAUUAAAAUCCGUUGGUGGUACUACAGUUUACUGAAAUCAUUCACGUUUGGUCACUCUUCGUCCAACUCCGUUAACUUUUGCUUACAUGACAGUCAACUUUAAAAGUUGACCGUUAAGUGAGUGAUGUGGCAAUUACAAAAUUAAUAAAAUAAUAAAAUUAAUAUUUUAUAAUUUUCACCUCAUUUCUAACUAUUAAAAAGAUAAAAACAAAAUUAUAAAUUAUUAAAAUUGAGAGGAGCGCUUCAACAAGAACGAUGUCGUCCUCGCCAACUAGCCCAACAUGGUAGCCGCCCGAAUCCUCAACUACAACUACACCACCGUGGGGGCGGCACCGUUCGGCCUGCUCUGGCGCAACCUGCGCUGCCUCACCGCCGUCGAGCUCCUCUCCACCGCCCGCCUCAACUACUCCCUCGGCUUGCGCCACGACGAGGUCAGGCAGCUCAUCCACGGCCUGUUUGACAAGGUUUCGGGUGCCGGGUCGGGUUUCGGGGAGGUGGAGAUGAAGUCGAGGCUGUCGGGUCUUUCGCUGAACAUAGUGAUGAGGAUGGUCGCCGAGAAGAGGUAUUUUGGGUCCGCAGCGGCGGAGGAAGAAGGUGGCGGCGAGGGGUUUCAGGAGGUGAUAAGCGAGGUGUUUGAGCUGAGCGGUGCGUCCAAUCCUGGAGAUAUCUUGUUAGAGUAGUCAAAGAGUAAAGGAAAUACCACAUUGGUGGGAGAAAGAAAGUGCAAGUUGUUUUUAAGUUUGCUUUCCACUUUAGUUAUUGGAUAAAGUGGUUAGUGGGCUUUUGGAAAAAGUGUGGGCUAUUUAAUUGGACAUAUUAAAUCUCACUACGCACUUAGCACUUUGCGCGACGCAUUCAGAUUUGAAUUUUUGGCUAAUUAAUUACCGAAAUUAUUUUAAUUAAUUAAUCCGGAUAAUUAUU